CCCAGACCUAGGCCAACAUGGCGGACAGGGCGGAGCGGCUAUAAGACAUCCUCUCCCAUUUCGGUGUACUACUCAACCAGUGAACUUUUACUACCACAAGAAGAAGAAGGAGAAGGAGAAGAGGAGGAGGAGGAAGAGGGGGAGGAGGAGGAGGAGAGGAAGGGAAGAGGAAGAAGAAGAGGAGGGGAGAGCGAGAGAAUGGAGGAGUUAACUGAAUACACUAAGAUGGAGUUACUUAGCGAGCCACAAGAAGAGGAGGAGGAGGAGGAGAAGAAGAAAGCAGAAGAAGAGGAAGAAGAAGAAGAAGAAGUGGAAACAGACACAGCCAACCACACACACACAAACGCACACACGCACACGAAAGAAAACGCACACACCAUAGACUUUAUCCUGGUCAACAGACUCACGCACACACACCCACACACACAGACCACUCACGCGUACAUGGAGGCGCACACGGAAACGCACAUAGACCUCACCGGCUCCUCCAAGGUGGAGAGAGACGGAGAGAAGGUGGAGGGAGCGGAGGAGGAGAGAAACGAGAAGUGGAGGAGGAAUUUUGAACUUGAGCUUGAGAGGGAAGGACUGGUUUUGGAGGAAGCCUUUGUUGAGGAACUUCCGCUGAGGUUUGUGAAGAUUCAUGCUCCAUUUGAGGUCUGUACAAGAUAUGCAGAAAUACUCAAGCUUAGAAUCCCUAUGAAGGAGUGCGAUGAAGAGAUAAGAAUGUCAUUUUUCGCUCAUGCUGAAGAAGUCUUUAAAGAAAUGUUCCCGGGUCUUCCUCCACUUGAGUUCCGGCCUCCACAAGUUAUACAAGAUGUCCGAGAGGGUGUUGGAAGCCUUCUCUCCUUCACCCAUUUGGAUCCUAAGAUAUUUCCUCCAGCUAACAGACACUUCACUGCUAUCUAUGCGAGGGAUAAGGACUAUUUGUUCGAUCUGACUCCCGAAUUCUUCCGUCCCUCCAUAAAAGCGAGAAUCAUUGACUUCAUCAUAAGACGGAAGAGCUUUGAUGGGCCGCAGGAAGGAGAGGAGGAGGAGGAGGAGGAGGCGGAGGUGGUGCAGGAAGGAGAAGGAGGAGGAGGAGGAAGAGGAGGAAGAGGGAAGGAUAACUACAACUUCGGAAUUGAGAAAUUAUUGGCUGAGGAGGUCUACCUUGCGGCCUAUCCUGUUCAUGAUGGGGACCUCCACAUCCGAGAUCCGCCGGGCCCCCCCACAUCGGACCCCCCUCCACCACCCCCCAGGCCCCCAACACCCGGGCGCUCCUGUACGAACACUGGGCUCGUCUACACAAUUUCUAUAAGCGUCAGCCUCUCGACCAUAUUAAGAACUAUUUUGGGGUCAAGAUUGGGCUUCAUGUGCCCCCUCUGUGACAAGUUCUGUGACUUCUGGGACCUGUCCGAGACCUGUUUCCACGCCAAGUUCACUUAUCUGGUGGACAACCCAGCAACCAUAUUCUUCACAGCAUUCAUGAGCCUCUGGG